AUGAAAAAAAUGGCUUCCCACGUCGAUCUACCUGUUCCUACGCAACCUCUUUAUCCACCUCCAGUAACAAUCAAUCAACUUAAAGCUAUUUAUAACAUCAAGGUUAACGGAAAGCUUCCUAAAUUACCAUCAGCAUUCGUCAUUUAUAGAUAUGCAUAUCGUCAACAACUUAUCGCUGACAAUAACCUUCCACUCGAGCGUAAAUUUUCAUGUAUGGCGAGCAAUUCCUAUAAACGAGAAUCCGUACAUGUCAAAACUGUAUACGAGAAUUUAUCUUUGUUACUACGAUCUGUGAGAUGA